AUCCGGAGUGAUCAUCUGUAAAAAAGCAAUUUUGGUGCUUAACAAUGAAAUUAAUAGAAUGCGAACUGAAACGGAAUGGAAAAGCGAGUUUCGGUCUCAAGGACAAGAAUCUGCAAGAAGCCACAAAUCAGAAUAUCCCGAAGAUAGUUUUUACCGUCAUCAAAAAACUCCAUUAAAAACUUCGUCAAACAAAAAUCGAGGCUUGGAUCGAAAAAGAAAAUCGGAAAAAAGAUAA